CCAUUUCGUUCUGGGCACUCCUGCCACCAGAUCAAUUUGCUUUCAUUAAAACAUAACCAAAUCAAACAAAGCCUCUGGCCUUUCAUUUGAAAGACUGCAGCAAACCACACCAGGGUGGCAUAAGUCUGCAACAUACACUGACUUUUCAGCACAGCGACGGAGUAAAGCAAGUAAUUGUCGUGUAGGGCUUCAUCUCUUUUCCAAGCCAGCAUUGUUGGUGCAAGAAGACAGGAAGUCAGAUGGACACCUUUGCCAUGGGCACGACUGUGCCAAUGCUCCUGGUCCUGCUGAGCCUGGUGAUUGGGAGCAGCCAGGGGUGCUACUGUGAACAUUACCCAUGGGGAUCGUGGUCUGCCUGCUCACAGACCUGCAAUUUCGGCACACAGACCAGGCACAGGCAAAUAAGAAUGGAUGAAUAUUACAGCCAAAACUUCUGUGACCAGCUGUGCACAAAGCAAGAAUCUCGUACAUGUAACCAGCAAACAUGUCCUAUCAACUGUCAGCUUGGAGACUUUGGCCCUUGGUCAGAAUGUGACCCAUGUGUUAAAAAACAAUUCCGUACCCGGCCACUCCUGCGACCAUCCCAGUUUGGGGGCCAGGCCUGCACUGAGCCACUGGUGGAUUCCCGUCCAUGUUUCCCAGCCAAGCUCUGCAACAUAGUGGAAGUUGACUGCAAGAAUAAAUUCCGGUGUGAGAGUGGUCGCUGUAUUGCAAAAACAUUGGAAUGUAAUGGAGAAAAUGACUGUGGGGACAACUCUGAUGAAAGAAACUGUGGAAGGAAAAAGACUGUGUGUAACCGAAAGUAUGAGAGCAUCCCAGGUGUGCAGUUAAUAGGCAGUGGAUUUCACAUUCUCGCAGGAGAGAGCCGAGGGGAAGUUCUUGGCAACUCAUUCAAUGGAGGGCGAUGCACAACAGUGAAGCGCAACGAGACAAGGAAGCUGUAUCGUGUCCCUGCGAAUCUGGAGGCUGUCAGCUUUCAGGUAACAGAUGAAGAAGAUGAUGUAACAUCAGAUUUCUACAAAGAUUUAACUCCCCUGAGUUACAGUGCUUUUGACAGUAGUUCAUCCACUCAUAGUGGUAAACAUUCUUCUGGUAUCCCAUUUUUAUUCUCAAAAAAGACACGGGUUCAGGUUACAUCGUCUUCCUCCUUCAAGAAAGCUAUUGAAGCCUCAUAUGAAAAGAAUUCCAACUUUAUUAGAGUCCAUAAAGUAAUUUCUGUUGCAAACUUCACAAUGAAACAGUCAGAUCUGCAGCUAUCAGACGUCUUUCUAAAAGCACUUAACAACCUGCCCCUGGAGUACAACUAUGCUUUGUACAGCAGAAUAUUUGAUGACUUUGGCACUCAUUACUACACCUCUGGGAAGAUGGGUGGUUCCUAUGAUAUUCUUUACCAGUAUAGCUCUGAGGAACUGCAGAACUCAGGCCUGUCAGUUGAGGAAUCAACAGAGUGUGUCCGAACAGAAACAACCAGGCGUGUGUUCUUCUGGAAGAAAAAGAAAGUCAGUACCAGAUGCACCACAAACAGGAUGACUGUGACACAUGAAGGUUCCAUUUUGGAGUCAUCUGAACGAUCAAUUUCCCUGGUAAAAGGUGGCAGGUCAGAGUAUGCAGCAGCCCUGGCCUGGGAGAAAAAGGGGGCCUUUCCAGGACACAGAGUCUUCACAGACUGGCUGGAAUCAACAAAGGACAAUCCUGUGGUGAUUGACUUUGAGGUGUCCCCCAUAGUGGAGCUGGUGAGGAACGUGCCGUGCGCAGUGACCAAGCGCCGCCAUCUGUGGAGGGCCCUGCAGGAGCACACGGGCAGGUUCGACCCGUGCCGCUGCGCCCCGUGCCCCAACAACGGCAGGCCCGUGCUCUCGGGGACAGAGUGCCAAUGCCUGUGCCCGGCCGGCACCUACGGUGCCAACUGCGAGACGCGGGCUCCUGGUUACACAUCAGUUGCUGUUGAUGGCCGAUGGGGUUGCUGGUCUGAAUGGAGUCCAUGCGAUGCUUCCUUCAAAAAAAGAAGGACCCGGGAAUGCAAUAACCCCUCCCCAAUGAACGGCGGGAAGCCGUGUGAAGGGCAGUGGGAAGAAGAGGAGGACUGUUAUAUCUCUGUGUUCACAGACAGAGGUGCUCCUUGUAUAAAUGAUGAUGAAGCCAAGAGAGAAGAGAAUGUCUUGAUUGGUGAACCUGAGUCUGGAUGUUCUAGGCCAGACCCACCAGAAUAUGGCUUUAUCAGGAAUGAAAAGAAGCAGUAUGCUGUUGGGGAGGAAGUUGAAAUUGCUUGUGUGAGUGGGCAUAGCCUCAUUGGCUAUCAAUACCUUCGGUGUCUGCCAGAUCAAACCUGGACACAGCAACAUGUUGAGUGCCAACCCUCAGUAUGCCUCAGGCCACCAAUAUCUGACAGUGUCACAAUUUCCCCAUUUAAGCAACAGUACAACAUUGGUGAAACAAUGAAGCUGAGCUGCCAAGCUGGGUUUAUAGUCACUGGUCACACAAAGUAUACCUGUGGGAAAGACCUGUCCUGGAUACCUCCUAUUAAGAGGUCUAUUACAUGUGAAAAAGAUGUGCUAACCAAAAUUAGAGGUAUUUGCAGUCCAGGACAAAAACAGGUUGGAUCUCAGUGUAUUUGUAUGUCUCCAGAAGAAGAUUGUGGCCACUACUCAGAAGACAUCUGUGUGCUGCAUGCUGUUUCUGAACAGAAUGUGACCAAGCCCAGCUGUCAGUACUCAGCUGAAAUGUGCCUUGGAGUACAGUCAUUUCAUUUCUUGCAUACUGGCCCUUGCCAUGGUAAUUCCAACCUAGACUGGGCUAUUGAGAGGGCAAAGCUCUCUACAAAUAGCUUGAAGAAAGUGCCUUGUGGCUAUGACACCUGCUAUGACUGGGAGGAUUGUCAAGAUACAAAGACCCAGUGCUCCUGCCUGAUGCCUUACCAGUGCCCCAAAGGAGACAUCCACCCUCACUGCAUCCAAAUGGAGACGACAGGGAGGAGGAGGACAGUCAGUCAUUGCAUGCUGGCAGCCAUGAAGUGUGCUGGCGUCAAACUGCAGGCAGACAGAGCAAGCACUUCAGCACCACUUCUGACAUCAAAUGGGGAAGGGGUAACAAGAAGCUACCUGCAGUCAUGGUACAAAUGGAAGGAGUAAUACCAAACACUGAAAACCACAAUUACGCAAUGACUGUGUGAAGUCAUCAAAAUGAUGUGAUUUUUAAUUGGAGUAGCUGAAGGGAGGAGGUGUUUGCUUUCUGUGUUUGUUCACUGGAUUUCAGCUUUAGGCAGAAAGCCCAAAGCCUAAAGCUUGGAGAAUUCCUAUGGUACUCUUCAACAUGAAUUAAGAAUGUUUGUACUUCAAAUAUAAAAUAAACCUUUAAUGAACAAUGCACUGGGGAGAGUCCUACUGCAACAUGUGGUUCUACUUGGAGUGGCUGUACAUGGAGUCUGCAGAAAUACAUCACAAUCAGAUUCCUUGUAUAUAAUUGCAUCAGCAUCAAAUCUGAGAGCAAUUGCAUGGGGCACCUCAGCCCAGCCACGGUCCAUGCCCCCAGCAUUCCUUGGUCACAAAUUCAUUACUUCUGAGCAGUUGCAACUAGAAUUUUCUCUUCAGCACUCAGAAUUUCACAAAUCUGAGUAUAAAUCUACCUUUUAAGAAGGGGGAAACUGAACUUCACUUCUUUCUUUACCAACAGACAUCAGAACAAUGACAAUCAGGAAAAAAGCCCCACAGAUAGAAAAGAAUCAUAGAAUUUGCUGAGCUGGAAAGGACCCAUAUGGAUCACCAAAGUCCAACUGGCCCUGCACAGGACACCCCAAGAAUCACACCAUAUGCCUGAGAGCAUUGUCAAAAUGCUUCUUGGACUCAGAUAUCUUGAUGCUGUGACCACUUCCCUGGUGUGCCUGUUCCAGUGCCCAACCAUCCUCCAGGUGAAGAACCUUCUUCUAAUAGCCAGCUUUAACCUCCCCUGACACAACUCCAGGCCAUUCACUCUGGUUCUGUCACUGAUCACCACAGAGAAGAGAUCAGUGCCUGCCCCCCUCUUCCCCUCAUAAAGGAGUUGUAGCUGCAGUGAAGUCUCCCCUCAGCCUCCUCCAGGCUGAACAGAACAAGUGCCCUCGGCUACUCCUUGUACAACCUCCCCUCCAGACUCUUCACCAUCCUCAUGGUCCUCCUUUGGACACUCUCUAAUAUCAUGUCUUUUUUAUGUUGUGGCACCCAAAACUACCCGAAGCACUCGAGGUGAGCCCACCCCAGUGCAGAGCAGAGCGGGACAAUCCCCUCCCUUGCCCAGCUGUUGAUGCUGUUCUUGAUGCCCUCAGGACACGUUUGGCCCUCCUGGCUGCCAGGGCACUGCUGGCUCACCUUCAUCUUGCCAACAACCAUGCCUUUCCAUGCCACUGCUUUCCAGCCUCUCAUUUCCCAGUCUGUCCAUACAUCCAGGAUUGACCUGUCUCAGAUGCAGAAUCAAACAUUUUUCCUUGUUGAGCUUUAUAAUAUUGGUGAUUGAUCAGCCCUUUCAUCAAGGAUUUCUCUUUCCAAAUUUGUAUCUUCUGCAGAUAGUAUCUACUCGUAUCUAGUAACUACUAUCUGCAGAUAGUAUCUCUUCCAGUCCUGCAUCCAAAGUUGCUUUUGAAGAUGCACAGGGCCCAUGAUGGAGCCCUGAAGAACUCCAUACAUGACCAGCUGCCACUCAGAUGUGACUCUAGUCACUACAAUCCUUUACAUCUGACACAUCAGCCAGUUGCUCACCUGUCGCAUGAUGCCUGAGAAGAAUCCAUUACUGAACAACCUGCCCUAUGUGUGUCACCCCUUGCCAGAGGCUGGGCAAAGUCACCUGUGAGCUGGCAGUGGGCUGGAUGUGAAGUGGUUAUCUUUCCCUACAAAGAAACAUAUUUGGGAUGUUGUCAAGCUCCCUAAAGCAGCAGCUAAUCUCAACUUGAUGGAGCUCAAGGAAAAGAAGAAAUUAAUCCUCCUGCUAAAGACAAUAAAUGUAUGCUUUCUUGCUUAAAAUUUAUAGUAAAAAUUAUUAUAAAAGCCUGAGACAGGCUUUUCUUUGUAGUUCUAUAGCACUUUCCUCUAGGUGAAAAUCUAUAGUAAUAUGCUAGUGGUGACCUAGGAGUGAGUUGCAAAUUCGAUUAUGUUUAGAUUGGGUUUUCGUGCCCUUGUUUCUUCCUGCUGGUUGCAUUCUGUGGAGAAAGAAUCACUCAGAAUGGUUGUGUAUGCUCUCUGCACCACCAACAAACAACAAAGAUUUCUUGCUCCUGAUCCUCUAAUCUUAAUACUAGCUUUUCAUUACAGGCCUCUGAUUCCUGUCCAUUUGACUGUCUAGCAAAGUUUCUGAUACAGGGAAUUUUUUAUCCCUGAUAUUUUUCACCAUGAUAACUUGUCAGAUGAAGUUAUUUCCUGGUAAACCUAAGGCAGCCAGGUGCUCUCUGACUGCCCCCACUUCUCCAUCACUUCUGGUCUCAGUGGUUCUGUGCUGUGCAAGUGCUUGCAGUAAGACUUGCUUUGUUCUCUCUUGCUGAUGGGGAUUAUUCCCAUAGGUUCUGCUUUGCAGUUGAGCAUUACAGCACAGAAUGGAGGCAUCACCUGCCACUCACUAAUAAGGGGAUGAUUCUGCCAUAUACUGAAUCAGAGGAUUUUCAGCAUGCUGAAAUAAGUGGGAUUUUUACUGUUUGCUUCAGUAGGGUCUGGAUUAUACUUCACAAGGACUUUGGGUUUGCUCUUGUGCUCUGUCAUAGGGGUCCCCAACCCUUAGAUCAAGGGCUGAAAUUCUUUAAUAUUUCCUGCAGCAUCUGUCUUUUUCUUAGAUGUGAUGACUUAUAUUAGGUAAUGAUAGUUUUCUUGUUCACUGUGGGCCAUCCCUCCUUUGCCAUUGUAAGCUCCAAGUAACUUGAUGGAUCAUUUCCUUGGGCCAUAACUUAUAAUUGGAGUAGAUACAGCAAACCUGAAGUGAAUCUGUCAGGGUAACCUAGGUCACAGAGACCUUACCAAUUCUCAAAGGACAUCUUGAUAAUGCAGCUUCUCUACUGCACAGAAAACCCCUGUCUAUUUGGUCUUAACAUUAGAGAGGAAGCAUCAUCCAAAAUAAAUAUAAUGAGCCUUUCCAUGCAAAUUUCUGUACAAAUUCCAACAUAUCUAAUUGUUCACUAGCACAAGAGUGUGUGUAAUAUAUACAGAAUACACUUACCAGGGACUGAGACAGCUGAAGCAUGAUUCAAUAGCUGGACAAUUAGCACUGCUGUUUGUCUCACCUCAGCUUCUAUAUAAAUACUUAUUACAAUGUGGAAUGCAAAAUUUGAGAAAAUAUAGAGGAGGACUGAAUAGUGUCUGUUACAAUGUUUAUCCUUAUACAACCUCAGAAACGGGUAAUCUAGAGUUUUCUUUAAAGGUUUGAAGGUAAAUCAAAUACAUAGUUUUAAAUAUCAAUUGCCAAACUUUUGCUGAUGAGCCACAGCUUAGUUGCAGCAAUUAUUGUUCCUUGUUGCAAAUAUGAAAACAUCUGGUAUGAAAUGUUUGAAUCCUGGUGUCUUUAUAUUUCAGAUGCUUUGAGAGUGGUAAUUAUCUCUUGAUUUAAGAUUUUGGUGCAAAAUAAGACUAUUAAAUGCAAAACUGCUAGACAUUGUAAACAUGAUAGAAAAUAGGCACCAGUGGUUUUGCUAGUAACACUUUCCCAGUGAAUGAUAAAAGAGAGACCAUCUCAGCUAGUGCUUUUCCGGUAAGUUCUGGCAGAGCCCAUUGCUGUCCAGCACACUCUCAGAUUUGCACUCCAGAAAGGGCAGGGAUGCAUCUCCAGCAGCAGUGUAAAUUGUGGCAUUCAUGAUAGCUCCAGCUCAACAUUCUCAGUUGUGUAUUCAGAGGAAACAGAAGUCCAUCACAUUUCUUCUCACCCAGAUGUUCUUGAGCUGUAGGCUUUGACUAUUUUUUUCAGAAAAGGGAAGCUUCAACUGUAUGUGUAACAGAAACAAUUCAGUUCCACUGAUGAAGGGUUAUGGAAUAAAGAUGCCACAAAUAACAUGCUUUUAAAACCAAAACUUAACUGAAUUAUGGAAAAUUUUGCUCACAGAUGUCAAUUUUACUACAAGGGGAGGUCUUUGAAGAGGUCCCUAGACUGUGUCUUCAUAUGUGGGUUGCCAUGAAGAUUUCCAACGCAGAUAGAUCUGAGCAAGCUGAACUUCAUUCCUUGAUUAUCACAAAGAAGAUGCCCCCAAAAGGUUUAUGGCUGCACCCAAGUUAAUCAUCCUUGGCUGUCCUUUUAGUCAGUUGAGAAGAGAAACAGACCCUUAGAAGACAGAAUUUCUGUCUUAGACAUCUCAAGCUGGGUGAGUCAUGUCCUAAUGGUGCCUGUCUUCCUGUGCUGACUUUGAAGGAAGGUAGGGGGUGACUAGGACAAAUACAAAUAUUUAUGCUAUAGAUUUCCAAAACUGGAUAAAACUUUCCUACUUCUGUUUUUGAAAGAGAAUAUGUUUAAGAUGUUUAAUUCAUACUUAAUUUCCAGCACCAAAUUAUUUGUCUUCCAGAUCAGCACUAUUUGUAUCAUCACUACUUUUCUGGAAUAACUGGCUCCAUCCACAAAAGACCAAAGCUGUUGAGGGGUUCAGCUGUGAUAACUUCAGGCUGGCUCCUGAAAGGGUGCUGAGCACCAAACGAGGUGUCUGUGCAUCCUUCCCCCUGCAUGUUCUGUCAAACAGAAACCAGCCAGAGUAAUUUGCACAUAGGUGGAAGAGAUGAAGGUGUCUGUCUGAGACACCGUCAGCCACGACAGAACAGGGAUGGGGGAUGGGUGAUGGGUUGUGCAUCCUGCCCAGCUCAUUACCCAGAGAGAACAGUUAUUCCUGGACCUGCAAUAACCAAACCCAGAGCAGACAGAACUUGAUAUUAACUGUUGUUCAUUUUUUAAUUAAGCCUUGUUGCUAAAAUUCCCAUUUUAUCUUUGGAAGCUGUUACUUCCAUAAUUUGUGGGGUAGCAGAGCCUUUCACCCAGCAUCAUCCUUAUCUGGGGAAAUAAUUUACCCAGAACACAUAUGGUAUCUCAAGCAUUAGGGCAUGAGGGGUGCAGGCACACUUAUGGCUCAGCCCAGCUUUUCAUGGGAAUUCCCAAUCUAUGCAUGGCCCAGAAAACUGUUUCAGCCUCUCAAGGCCACCAGGCCCUGCUCCUCCUGGUCACUGACCUUGCUGGUUGGGAUCCCUGCCCAUGGACCAAUAAACCAGGCUAGCCUUGGCUUGUCCCCAUCCCCCGGAAGGUGCCCAGCGCUGUGGCUGCCUGGCUGUCCGGGUGUGGGGUGGGGAGUGGACCUAUUGGAAUGAACCCAAAGGAGGCCACAAAGAUGAUCAGGUCCUGGAACAUCUCUCCUAUGAGGGAAGACUGACAGAACUGGGGGGGCUGUUGGAGAAGACCCUUGAGAGACUUUAAAGCACUUUCCAGUAUCUAAAUGGGGCCCCAUAGGAGAACUGGAGAGGGACUUUUUACAAGACCAUGUGGUGAUAGGACAAGGGGAAAUGACUCCAAGUUGAAAGAGGACAGAUUUAGAUUAGAUAUUAGGAAGACAUUCUUUACUGUGAAUGUGGUGGGGCACUGGAACAGGUUGCCCAGAGAAAUUGUGACUACCUCAGGCUGGACAUGACUUUGAGCAGCCUGGUCUAGUGAAAGAUAUCCUUGCCCAUGGAACUGGGAUUGGAUUAAAAGAUCUUUAAAGGGUCUUCCAAUCACAAGCAUUUUAUGAUUUCAUGAUUGGUUUGAGCUACCAGAAAUUGCUUGCUGCCCUGGGGGUCCUUAGGGAGACACGGCCCCUAUGGCGCGCAGCAAGAUGAAGAAGCGCACAUUUAUCUGUAAAUCAAAAACAUGUCAGCAAGUGCAAACUUACAAUGAUAUUUUUUUUACUGGGCACAUAACCUGGUUACCAGGGACUUUCUCCUUCUCAUGUUCUCUGCUGCUGAGACCUUGCUAAAUAAUAGAAUCAGUCUCCCUCUUUUAUUAGAUUCUUCUGUAAGUAUAGUGUAAUUGUUCCACUGAUAGAAGAGCCUUAGCUUUUAUGUGAUACCUUACUUUUCAGACAAAUCAACUACAAAAAAUCAUCACAUGAGUGAUUGUGGGUAACUGGGCACCAAGUAUGAAUUUCAGGCCCAUGUGUUAAGGUCAAUGUGACCUAUGUGUUAAAACCCACUCAGGGAGAAAAUAAAGCUGAUUAUCUGCACUUUCCUCAGUUCACUGGCUGUUUAUAUGUAUUUCAGGAAGGCUUUCUGACACAGUAUUGUAAAGCAGCCAAUCUGUAGCUUCAUAUUACCAGUCCCGAGAGAGAGCUGCAAUAAACAGUAAAGCAGAAAUGAGAUCUGUUCCUGGAAAUCAGCUCAGCUAGAGGCAAUUGAAACUUAUAGCAGAAUCAACCAUGACUGGUUGAAAGCACUUAAUUUUUUUGUUUUUCUCAAUUUCCACAAUUGCUGUUUAUGAGGCACAUCUAAUCAGGAAGAUCCAGGUUAUAUUAAGGAGGUGGCAUAUGUGUCACUAUCAAAGCCUCUUUCCAGAAAUGAGUCACUGAACAUACCACCAGCCACUCUGGGGGGUGCAGAAAUGAGGAAGGCCCUGACCUCAUUGAAACCCAUCAAUGCUUCCCCCAGCACAGCUAGAUAAGAUUACAGAAAAGUGGUGAUCUUGAUUUACCAGGAAAAAUAUCUAUUAGAAAAACACAUCUUGUCCAAGGACUACAGGGACAAAUAACCAUGACACACACCAGCCAGGCUGCUGGAUUCAACAGGCAUUCUUCAGAUUUUAGAAGGUAAAAGUCAGUUAGACUUCUAUCAGGUUUGGGGAGUACAGAGCUCUAGAGAUACUUGUGUCCUUGUCAGAGCUGUAGAAUAGAAGAUAAUGAAGCCAUGUGACCAAUACCUGAUUGAAAAUGUCUCAAUCACCCACAACCUCUCUUUCUCCACCUUGGUCCCUGUAACUGUGACAUUGACAUGAAUUGGCUAUUGAAAAGAGAAAGUCUUAGUGAGGAUUGGAUGGAGACCUGCUACCACUGGGAAAUGGAUUCUGUAUAACUAUCAAAUGCCUUGAUUUAGGUCCACAUUUUCAAUGCUAAAUUUGAUGGCCAGUCCUUGGAUUAACAAAAAUUCUAUGAUUUCUGAUUACAAAGCUUUGUACUGCAUGUAAUGACCUGCUGAUUUCAUUUGCGAAGGUUUGAAAGGUAGAAAUGAGCCCGACAAAAAAGUACCUCUCAUGAAAUCAUUUUGGGAGCUAAAAAAGUAUUUAGAAAAUAAAUAGCACUUCAGAGUUGGACUUCAGCAAUGGCGUAAUUUCCUGGAAGUAUUUCAGAACAGUUACUUUAUAAAGCAGUAGCAUUUAAGAUUUUAUUGCUUGUUUAAGUUCAGGAUGCUUUUAGAGAGAAGUGGUUUUUGUUCUGUGUUCCCAGAAGCAGCAGAGAAGGGUCACCAUAACAUUGCAGCCAUUUCUCUCCUCUGUCAAGCAGCCUGGUAGUAUCUGUGCGGCUAAAAUGAAAGAGGACCAGGCAUGGGGUCCAGAAAGUGGCACAUGAUUAUGCUUCCUGUUGAAUUAUUUAAUGUGAUUUCGGUGUGUACUAGCUGGUUCUCUCCCAAAAGAGCAUUUGAGGCCAACUAAACCACUCACAUGGGCCAGGGACUGUUUCCAGCAAUACAACAGUUUUUGUGGAGUUUGCUGGCUGGAUGUGAGCAGACCUACAUCCCUUUGCCUCUGGGACUGCAAAAUGAGGCCUGUCCAGUUUUAUUUACUGUUACAAUCACUGGUUAUUUGCUCUUUCUCAGGAAUUCCCAGACUUGAUUUACUUUAUCCACAUGCCCAUAUCUGUUAUGAAACUCCCUAGCACGCAUUAAGGAUGGACAACAGUCUCUUAGGGACAAGCAACAGUCCAAAGGGUCAGAGCUCAGGGCCAGAGAAAUGUUCCAGUUUUUGGAGAAUAAAUUAAACAUGACAUAGUGUUUCAGUCAUCUGAGACAUCUAAAAGGGGUUGGGAAAUUUUAAGAAACCAAGAUGUCUUCUCAGUAUUGACCAAAUCCUCAAGCAAUAUUACCUAGGUGUCUUCAAGCUCUUUUAAAUAAAACCUGCAUGGUACAAUACCUGAUGGUAUUAGAUUAUAAUCUCCUCAUAUCCUUGGUUUUGUUUGCUAGGGAAUAAUUUCUUAAUAAAUAGAUGUGAAAUCCUGGGUUAUUGGAUUAGAGUCUGUGAACACAUGGUUGUUUUGUCUGUGAAAUUCCUCUGAGAGUUACUGUGUCAACAUUUGUUGUGCAAUACUUUUAUUUGCUGUGUAACAGGGUGAGACCAGCAGUGAGUUUUCCCGUAAAUGUAAAUUUUUUCUUGGCUGACACAGCUUGCAGGGCCCUGCUAAAAACAUCUGGGUAGUGGCUGCAUUCCUUACUGACUUGAUGGGUGUGCCUGGGGGGUGUGUGCAGGUAUGUGUGUGCCCACAGUUGUAAAACUACAAAUUUAUUGGAGGGACUGGAAAGACUUAGCACUGGCCAAUACCAGUACAUGUCUUAGUGUCUUGGAUUCCUUUUUAGCUUUAUGAUAUAUAUCCCAUCAUUCUAAUAUCAACGAGACCUGAGAAAAACCUUGAGUGCAGCAGCAAAACAGCACAAGCAGUCAGUCCCUGUUAGUCCUUGCAGUUGUGGCUGGCACAGCUGCGCCCUGCUCUUUAUUUGUGGCACCUCGUAACAGCCUUAAAGAUGGCUGAAAUCUCAAAGCACUGCCCGGUGUUCAUCAAUCCAUUCCAACCUCCUCAGUGCUUAUUAGCUAGCCAGUGUAUUUCCCCCGUGCAGCUACAUGGUCUCCAGACCAGUCUAUCUUGUGUCUAGACAGCUUAAAGAGCAGGAAGAGUUGGUAUACAUCGCCUAAAACAAUCUCUGGGAUUCACAGAGAUCCGGUUGUCUCCAAGUGAGACUUUACUGGUGAGUUUCCAUAAAAGCUGGUUGAAGAAACAAUGUAGUGAGAGAAAAAGAAUAAAAGCCAAAUUAUUCUGUAGAUAAUGUUCCCAAAUUUUCCCUCUGAGAGACACAAUACUUCUCCCUCUUGCUACAACCGGUGUUUGAAGAACUAGGAGAAGUUUGAUUGCAUCUUGGUGGGAAUUUCGCAUACUGAGAAAGACAACAUCCAGUAUGUGUGUUCUGAAAACAUUGGUAUAUAGUGAAAUAAAGAUGAAAAUCCUGUUUUCAGGUCUGUAUCAACAUGUAUGUGUUCUGGGAGAUGAUGUGAAUAAAUUCACUCUCACUCAAGAAAUGCCAGCUUUGGCAUCUUUUUCUAUUUGGAGAGGAUUUGCAGCAGCCUUUGCUUCUACAUGUGCCUGAACUAACUGCACAAACAGAAUGCUGUAACCAGCUUUAUGUACAUCCCAGUAAUUACACAGCUGUCCUCAUCAUAAGCUUUGAUAACCAGAGUAAUACUUCCCAAAAUGAAAGAACAUUGCUUGUGUUGGUUAGCUGUCUGUUGAGAUCAAUAAUGCCUGUAGUAUGAACAAGUUCAGUUAUCAACAUAAAUAGCAUAAUUAUUCAGAAAGUGAAUAAUACAAUCACUUUAAAAGUCAAAGUGUAAUUGAUUUGAACAGUGACUUAUAAAACCAUGGCUUUGCUUUACCAGAAGCUACUGAUCAAGUCUUGUUAAACAAUCACUGACCAAAAGCACUGCUGGCAGCUGUUUGCCACUGCUUAUCUCUUGCUAAAGUUUAUUUUGCAUAUUCACACAAUACAGUUCUUUGAGACUGCAUAACAAAAAUCCAUUUAGAGAAGUGCUAAAGUGAGUUGAUAGUUUUCCCUUGCAUGUUAUGGCAUAGAACUCUGCUCACUGGUCCCUGACCACAAGAAGUGAAAGAGCCACCUAAGGAACACAUGCAGGAGAGGUUGCUCAGAGGUUGAGCUCUGAGCAAUUAGCAUGCCUCCUGAGUUGAGCCAGAAGAUCCAGUGUGCCAACAGCAUCCUUCUGCUGGUCAGAAACAACUCCUUUGUGUUUUGCAGUAGAGAGAGGAAGAAAUCAAUAGCAGUUUAUAUUCCUGUGCCCCCUGUCAUACACAGUAAUGUUUUUGCUGUUACUUACAGUGGCAGCUCAUCAUAGAAAGCAAUACGGCAGAGCCAGAGUGUGGUGGAAAAGGAGGUGAUCUGUAAUAGUUAUGAACGUGGUGAUGCAAUGGCUUUAGGUGGUAGCAAGACCAGGGCAGGAGGUUAUUGAAUAAGAUUCUAUUUGGGCUGGAGAGAGAAUGAACAAAGAAGCAAUGCAACAGCUCUCAGACUGAAAGCAAUUGGUAAAAUCAUCAGGUGUAAAGAAAUUGCGAUGGUGUUUGGUCAGGUUAUGACUGGCAAAGAGGAGAAACAGCAAGUUAAGCCCUGCAAGAAGAGAUGGAAGAGUGGAAUUGCACUGACAAAAGCUCUCUAAAGAAGAUAUUAAGAGAACAGGGAGAAAAGGGACUUCUCAAUGGUGGGGAAAAAUAUAUCUUGUAAACGUUGUUUUUGAGAGCUUUUUCAUGUUUUCAAGUUAUGUUCUACCUCAAAACAUUUUUUCUUUCAGCAAAUGGUGUUUUGCUUUUGGCAGGGCAUUAAACUGCUGAUCUGUUUUCAUCUGGGAGGGUCUUGCCCAGGGCUGCAAAUCAGGGAGUGCUUUGGGAAUCACAGCAUCCUGCUUCAUGCAUCUCUCAUUCUGUAAGGUAAAGGAUGCCUACAGGUCACAGGGGAUGAGCCCAAGGAGCCAUGACAUGCACACUGAGGAAAUACAGUCCACAGGGAAAAAAGAGAUUUGCAAAGGAUACCUCACUGUAGUAGUGCUAAUAUUACUACUUUAACAACAGCAGGUUGGUACACACAACUUGCUAUCCUUCAGUUAGUCUCCAGAUAUACAGUGGUUUGAAAUCUUGUCUAUGCAGGUGGACUCCCAUCUGGCAGGAAUUUGGGAAGAUUCUCCCAUGUCACUGUAUAGGCAGACAAAUUUCCUAUCACUCUGCAGAUGUUUAUUUUCUGCUCCCAGGUUAGGAUAAAAAUAUAUCAGAAGAGUUUUAUUCCUUCCUAGAUUUGUAGUAGCUUUCUGGCUGUUCUGCUUGGAAAUAUUCCACAUCUUAUGCUUAAACUGCAGACACUACUGCUCUGUGAUAGUCCUGAUGUAUUCUUCCCACCUUCACUUCUAGGGCAUCUCCUUUUUCCAGCUUGUCAUUUUCCACAAACGGAGCCUGUCACAUGGUUGUUUGAGCAGAAGUCUAGUUUUGUGGUCCCUUCAAUAGUGUAUGAACCUGUAGUUUAUCUUUUAAAAACAGGUAAUGCAUUAUUAGUUCUGAAAGGUAUGGAUUCUUCAUUACCUUUCAUGAAAAUAGGCAGAUGGGGAGAGGAAGAUCUCUCCUAUGUCUGCCCCAAGGGGACAGACACAGUGCAGACUUACUUCCUAUUACUCCAAUUAUCUACACCAAAAAUAAAUUCCUAGAAAACCAAGGUUUAAUAGUGCUGCUGCUUAGCAGACCACCUUUUUGUGAGAAAGCAACAAAGGCUGAAUUUCAUCCCACAUUCUGAUAAUGUUUACCAAAGAGUGUUAACUAGGAGAAAUUUUUUCAGCAUUCCUGUUUUACAGAGAUCCCUCCAUUCUGUUCUUGUACCUACUGCUCUGCAACAGGCAAGCCUUUUUACUGAGCAGUUUGUGAUAUCUUCUAAGUCACUGGCCUCAGGUGAUCUUAGCAGUGUGGACAACAAGCUUACGCUAACUACCUAGUUCUGUUUAGCUUACCUUGAUCUGAGUUAAUUUUAAUCUGUCACAGCUGUUCAAAGCUCAGGUCAUCUAAUAUCAAACCCCUCCCAAGUAUCCUGAUACAUGGUCAUAGGAAAAAUACAUCGUCAUUUAAUUCAGGUAAAACAAAGGGGUUUACCACUCUCUGCCAGGUAAUUUUGCUAAUCUUAUUGAUUACAUGGAACAACUCCUGUU